AUGAUUAUUGAUCUGUCCGAUUUGGACAAGCCAGUGAACGCCUCACAGCUCAUCCAUCAGGUGCUCCAUGACGCUUUUCUCGCCGCAGACCUUGGCAACUACACAGAAGCAGUCAGCCUGCUCGACAAACCGCCCGCGUGGCAAACAUGGGGAAUCGGUUUCGCAAUCAUCUCGGGAUGCAGUUUCUCCGCUCCACUGGGUAUACUGCUCCUCCCGUUUUUAUCAAAAUCACUAUAUGAACGGAUUAUGACAUUUCUGGUGGCUGUUGGAAUCGGUGCACUUUCUGGGUCGACGAUAUUCAUUAUGCUACCCCAGGCAUUCCAUUUGACCUCGUUUGAGCACUUUGAGUAUCAUACGAAGUCACUAAUUAUUCUAUGUGCGUUAUACGCAUUUUUCACAGUGGAUCGGAUGUUGCAGUAUAUUUUAGAGUUUAGACGGCGCCGCCAAACAAAACGACGAAUUCACGCCUCCACUAUCGCCUCUCUUAUGAAUACCCCAACCGCAAAACGGAGAGAUAACGGUCACAAUGUCACGGAGGAGACCAUCGCUCCAUCGGAUCCCCCAACUAUUACUCAUUUGACUGUACCGGAUCUCCACAAUCAUCAUAGAUUUCGUCGCGAGUCUGAGCUCUCCGAUGUGGAGAGAACUGAGCAGCAGGAGAAGGAGAUGGCAGAACUGGCGAAUGAUUUAGAGAUGGCAUUGACCAAUAAUGUGUUGGCAAGAACGUUCUCCACCCGCCGUCGUGUCGCCGUUGUGAGCGGUGGCCUCGACGACAUCGAAUUCAGAAACCCCAGACACCCCCAUCACUCGAAUGGACACACUUCCCAAUUCCUCGACGUUGUCAACAACGAAUUCCACCGUAGAAUGACACCACUAUCAUCGAGACCUGGUAGUCCUGUGGCUAUAAAUAUCGACGACCAUAAGGAGAGUUACGAGAUGAAACCGAAGCAUUCUACACAGGAGGACAACGACGCGAUGUCAGUUUCCAUCAGGGUAGUAGAGAAAAAAGUGAUCGAACCGGCAGCGAUGGAAGUGGCCUCUGUAGCCUAUAUGAUAAUUUUCGGGUCAUCCGCCAACAAUUUUGUGGAUGGAAUGAGUAUGGGCGCCGCGUUCUCCGACAACCUCCUUCGUGGUCUCAGUAUCGGAAUCGCUGUGAUUUCGCAACAAUUCCCACAGGAACUUGGUGUGCUGGCGAUUCUGAUCAAGUCAGGAUUAGGUAUAAAGAAGACGUUGCUGUUCAAUAUGGUGCCGAUUGUGUUGAGCUAUUUGGGAUUCUCGGUUGGUGUGAUGCUGGAUAGUGUGGAUGAUUCGUAUGAUGAGUACAUUUUUGCGAUAUCGUCUGGAAUGUACAUGUACAUCUUUUUAGGCACUUUGAUCCCCGAAAUCCGAGAAUCCACCAACGAGCUCAUCAAGGAGAACCUGGCGGAGAGCAUACUAGUAUCCAUCCUUCAAGCCUGUGGCAUCCUCUUUGGAACCACUUUUAUGUACUUUAUGAGUCGGGUGAACUCUGUUGAUUUCUGA